UACGACGAUAGUUACAAAACACAACCAGUGAUCUUAAAAUUAGCUUCACGAUCUUAAAUUACGUCAAAUACAUUUUAUUUGAAUAUAAAAAAUAAAUAAAUAAAACGUUUUACGAUGAAUGUACAUGGAUUUGAGCGACUCCAGGCUGCGUGACGUCCGAUAACACAGGAAACCAGACAGCAAAAAAGGGCCGGAUAAGCCGGAGUUAACCGCAUAGAAAGACACUGCUUUGUAACAUCCUUCACUCAGAAAUAAAAAACGACGAUAUCUGGGAUCGAGGACAAGUCAAGAUGUUUACUUUUUUCGGGCGAAAAGACUCGUCCAAGAAGUCGGUGCCAGAAAAAGAAUUGGACGGGUUUGUAAUAGUAGGGGAAACACCUGAAGAGCAGAAGCAGAAGAGUCAGAAGAGCGGCCCCACACCGCCCGCAGCCGGUGUCAUUGUGCUGCCUUCGAAGACACCAUAUGAGAACCUAGUUCAGCCGGCUCCGGUGCAGCCGGUUCCAGCCCAGCCGGCCCCCAUGUAUGCGGCCCCAUUGGCUGCUCCCGCUGCCUCGGAAGGCGGCCCUUCCCUCCCGGAGCUCCUGAGCGACGUGCCCUUCACUCUGGCUCCCCACGUCCUGGCUAUGCAGGCAGGCCUUCACCACUUGCCCGACGUGCUUCUCUCCCGGGACAUUAACGACAACCUGGCCAGCUUCCGCUAUGACUUCUCCCUGGAGAACUCGGUCCUCUGUGACUCAUAAUACCCCCUUCAGUCAGUGGAGCUUCUCUGUGCUGCUGUGAUUUGUUGAAUUCUGGAAAACACCAACAUUUUUAAAUCACUACUUUUACUCAGCAUUUCGACAUGCUGCCUUAAAUGAACUAUAGAUAUCAGAACGGUGGGUUUGUACUUGCAUCACAGUAAAUCCUGUCAUCAGCGUGUGUGGCUGGUGUUUGUCAGGCACUCAGGAAGCUAACAACACGUAAAAUAAUCAAAAUGAAGGCAUUUGUCCUUGGUGUUCAUAUCUAUGUAAAGUAAACUUACAUUUUUAAUUGGAUUAUCUUACCUUAUCUCGUACUGUCACAGGAAAUGCUGUAUCACGCUUUAGUGCAUCACCCUCAUAUCAGAGAGUGACCAGAAAUCAGCUGUGUGUAUAGCUUUAAAUAAGGAGGAAUGGUUUUACUCAUGAGUUCUUUACUGAAUGCAGAUUCUCGGAGUUGCUGUUUUGUGUGAAAUUGGUUUGAGAACAUCUCUUUGCCUGUCUAGAAGUAGCAGGGUCAGUGAAGUAGGAUUGUGGCUCGAUGAGAAUUGUCACACUUUCUCAUUCAUGUGAUUUUCUCAGCUUGUGUCUGUGUUAUAAUGAGUAUAAGCCCAUUGCAUGUUUUCUGGUUGACAACGUAGUAAUAAAAGUGUGUUUUGUGUAUGCGCGCCGGUUCGUGCAUUUGAGCGUGCAGGUCUCCUUAGCGCACGAAGGUACAUUGAUGGGAUAUGAAGGAUUAAGUGGGUAAUAAUUUGGUUGCUCUAGUUUAAACAUGCUUAAUUUUUUUAUUAUUAAUCAUAAAGUUAGAAUUGGAAAUCGCCUCGUUUGCAAAUUAUAUGUAUUCAUACACAUAUUCGUUUGAUACAAUCCAUAUUUCUUGACGUAAUGACAUGUGAUUGCAUCUGCAGGGUUGCCAAACUCAGGCAUCCGGCGCGACACUCAUGCUUUCUGACUCUCAGGCAAGAAACCUUACGGCAAAUCUAUGUUAUUCCAUUAUAAACCUAAAAUUCGUUAGCCUUCAUCAAAAGCACUGGGAUACUUUGCAAACCUUACAGACUGUUUACAAGGUAAUAAAACUCUUACAUGUAAAUGUGUGUGCAUGCGUGUGCAGACUUGUCUCGAACUUAAAAUCUCACACCAGCCAGCUGACCAAAGUUGGCAACCCUGCACCUCUGCUGUAUACUGUAUGACUGCAUACUGUAACUUAUUGUUUUGUAUUUUCAUAUGAAUGCAUUAGUUUGUCAACAAUACGGCUUGCUUGUUAGUAAGAGUCAAACUAAUAUAUUUAAACAGUAUUUUAUUAUGCUGUUGUGCCGUUGUCACGUUUAAUUUUAACGUAAAAAUUGGGCGGCAAGAAGUUCUACCGCUGCAACCCGCCCGAAGAAUUUUACUACCGGCACCCAACCCCCGGGUAUACGAUAUUUUGACGGCUGUCCCUCAUCAACUUCCUGAAAUAAAUACGUCUAUGGUGGUAUGUCUAUUUUAAAUGUCCCCUUAUAUGUACCACACAAUGUUUGUAGCGAUAUUCUGCAUACUUUGCAUUACUUGUACAACAAUAGAAUAUUUCUCUA